CUUCCGGCGCGCCGCCUCUCGUCGCGCCACUUCCGCCGCCGAGCUGGACGGGAGGGGCGGGUGGCCGUUGGGUGAGGCGUGCCAUGAGGCCUCGGGCGCCUCCGCUGCCAACCGUGAGCCAGCUGUCGGCGCGCGGGCGGCCUGGCGCGACGCUCCGACUGUAGCUGUGUCAGUGUGUUAUGAUGCCGUCUCGUACCAACCUGGCUACUGGAAUCCCCAGUAGUAAAGUGAAAUACUCAAGGCUCUCCAGCACAGACGAUGGCUACAUUGACCUUCAGUUUAAGAAGAGCCCUCCUAAGAUCCCAUAUAAGGCCAUUGCACUUGCUACGGUGCUGUUUUUGAUUGGCGCUUUUCUCAUUAUCAUAGGCUCCCUCCUGUUGGCAGGCUAUAUCAGCAAAGGGGGGGCAGACCGGGCCGUUCCCGUCCUGAUCAUUGGCAUCCUGGUGUUCCUGCCAGGAUUUUACCACCUGCGCAUCGCCUACUAUGCAUCCAAAGGCUACCGGGGUUACUCCUACGAUGACAUUCCAGAUUUUGAUGACUAGCACCUGCCCUCAACCCUGAGGAGAAGAGUCACAGAUGGGACUGAGACCAGCUUUAAGAUACUGAGCAGAAACUGUGGUUAAGGGCUAAAGAAUUCUGCAAGUUGCAGACGUUCAACAAAAGAAUGGCCAGAUUUUAUGGGUCCAUCCUCAGGAUGUCAACUGAGCUUACAGUUACCAAUUAACUAAUUAGGGCAUGCUCUGUUUUUCGUCUCCUGGCCCUAGCAAAAGCUGACAAGUUUUCCCACACGAAUAUGUAUCUUGGAAGGGUGGCAGUGUUCAUGGUGUGGGAAAGCAGGAGGUUAUUCUGUAGUGGGAAGAGUUACUGCUACCAUCCUUUUUAGCUUUCAGCAUUUCUUUUACAUAGUCUUCGUUGUCGGUUUGUUCUGGUGGCAAAUGGAAGAAUUCAGUGUCUCAGACUUCCUGUUACUAGUAAUUUAUUUUGAAAACAUUGAAGUAUCUUAUCCCUACACUCAUCUCUAACUUUGUGUUCUAGUGGAAGAUCUUGGCAAAAUCAAGUGUCAGCGUGGGUGCAGUUUUACUUGGUUUCUUAUUAGCAGCAGCCAGGACUUUUUAAAAUCUCAGAUCAAGUUUCCAAAAGGUAGACACUUGCUCUGUUCAUCCAUCCUUAGCUCUGAUUUGGCCUACCAGUAAGCUGGCCAGCAUAUCAUUUGGGUCAUUCUGUUCUUUGUAGAUCAAGGUGUUCUGUAUACCAUGCCUUUAAGGACUGAACUUUUGGCUGUUUCCUAAGGAAGAGGUACAGAUAAGUGGUUAUCAUUUAGAGAUUAUAAGCCUGUUGUUAGCACCUUAUAUUAUGAUGUCAUUUUGCUGAAGAUCCCAAGACUCGACCUGGAUCCCUAGAGGACUAUAGACUGCCUUAGUUUGAUUCUGUUUCCUAGCUUGCAAAAAGUGACAUAAUCAAAAGAAAUUAAAAUGCCAAUAUCUAAAUCCUA